AUGGGCGACUUUAAUUACGGCGGCACAGAAGAGGAAUCCGCUGAGAUCAAAAGACUUAACGAAGAAGUUCUCGAGGAUAUUGAUAACUUUGAAAAUUGGGAAAAACUUGUUCGCGCAGCCGAAACACUAGAGGGUGGAUUAAAUCGCAACUCUAGUCCACAGGCGAUAGCAACGACACGCGACGCUUACGAUCGUUUUCUUGCCAAAUUCCCAUUGCUGUUCGGUUACUGGAAGAAAUAUGCAGAUCUAGAGUUUUCGAUUGCAGGUACAGAAGCAGCUGAAAUGGUAUUUGAACGAGGAGUCGCGAGUAUCACCACCUCAGUCGAUUUAUGGACAGAUUACUGCUCGUUCAAAGUCGAGACAUGCCAUGAUCCUGAUGUGAUCAGAGAGCUAUUCGAGCGCAGUGCCAAUUCAGUUGGUUUAGAUUUUCUAGCCCAUCCUUUCUGGGAUAAGUAUUUAGAAUUUGAAGACCGGUUAGAAGCUUCUGAUAAAAUAUUCGCCAUUCUUAGUCGAGUAAUCAAGAUUCCUAUGCACCAGUACGCUCGAUAUUUUGAAAGAUUUCGCCAAUUAGCGCACAAUAGACCACUACAAGAGCUUGUUUCGAUGGAAAAGUUAGCACAGUUCCGAGCGGAGGUUGAAUCCGAUGGAUUCCAAGCUGGACCAAAAGGGGAACUUGAAAUAGAACGUGAAGUUCGGCUUAAAAUUGAUAACUUUCAUCUAGAAACUUUCACUUCCACGCAGACUGAGACAACAAAGCGAUGGACAUAUGAAUCAGAAAUAAAACGUCCCUAUUUUCACGUUACCGAGCUUGACAACCAACAACUAGCAAAUUGGAGAAAAUAUCUAGACUUCGAAGAAGCAGAAGCUGACUACACAAGAUCAGUAUUCUUAUACGAAAGAUGCUUGGUUACCUGCGCUUUCUACGAUGAGUUCUGGUUCCGUUACGUAAGAUGGAUGUCUGCUCAAGAUGGAAAGCAGGAAGAAGUUCGGAAUAUAUACCAAAGAGCCAGUGUCUUUUAUGUUCCUAUUAGUCGACCUGGGAUACGGCUACAGUAUGCAUAUUUUGAAGAGAUGUCGGAUCGUAUUGAUGUAGCACGUGAUAUACAUGAUGCUAUUCUCGAUCGCAUGCCAGGCCAUGUUGAGACGAUCGUCUCAUGGGCGAAUCUUGAGCGACGUCAAGCAGGUGUUGAUGCCGCCAUACAAAUUUAUCAAAACCAAAUUGAUAAUCCAGUCGUUGAUCUAUUUGCUAAAGCAGCCCUAGUUGUGGAAUGGGCUUAUCUAUUAUGGAAAAUCCGAGGAUCAGUGGUGCAGGCGCGUCAAGUCUUUGAGCAAAAUCAACAGUGGUACUUACAAAGUCGGCACUUCUGGCUCAAGUAUUUAGAGUUCGAGAUUUCUCAACCAACGACCGCAGAAGAAGAAGAAAAACACUACAACCGGAUAAAGCAAGUCAAUCAGGACAUGAUUAGAAAGAGUAAAAUGUCUUUGGCGACUAAAAGAGACCUAAGCAGUGUUUAUUUUACUUAUUUACAACAACGGGGCAGCAAGGAUGCGAUGAAGGAGUUUCUACAAAUUGAUAAAGAGCUAAAUGGACCAAGCUCUAUUCAGCCAGCCUAUCUGAAAGUAAAAAUGCCAUCUACGAGAUCUAUCAGCAAAUCACAAGAAAAUGGCCUCUUGCCUGGGGAGCUAGACGAUGAAACACUUCGUAGGGGAGAGGCGAAAUAUGUACGCUAUUUUGAGAAGCAGAAUGAGAUUCACUUGAAUCCACAAGCUCUUUCUCCGUUCACAUAA